AUGGAAUUGCAACAAGACGCACUGGACGAGGUUUUCCGUCGUCAUAAGCAGUACUUCCACGAGUUCCUGAGCAACGAGGAGGCGAAUUACGGUAAAUACACGGACAAACUUCGCAGUAUGAUGCACCACAAACACACGCGACUGGUCAUUGACCUCAAUGAUUUGCGCGAGUACGACAGUUCGUUCACGGACCCUGCAGUGGGUACGCAGGAGAACAUUGUGAACCGGUUGCUGCGUGCUCCGGCCGAGUUUGUCCCUCCAUUUGAAGAGGCAGUGAAGGAGACGGUGUUUAAUAUGGACAGUCUCUACGGCGGCAAAGAAGCUGAAGCUACUAAGGAGAUGCAGUUUUAUGUGGGAUUUGAAGGAGAUUUUGGCCAUCAUAAUGUAAACCCAAGAGGUCUCUUGGCUUCGUACCUUACCCAGAUGGUAUGUGUCCAUGGUAUCAUUACAAAAUGCUCGGCAGUGCGACCAAAGGUUGUACGUAGUGUACAUUAUUGCAAGGAAACAAAUGCGAUUUUAUCCAGGGAGUAUAGAGACAACACGUCGAUUACAGGUGCUCCGACAUCUAGUGUCUAUCCGACAAAAGAUGAGCAUGGCAAUUUGUUGGAGACGGAAUUUGGACUAUCGCGAUAUAAGGAUUACCAGGUGGUUAGUAUGCAGGAAACACCCGAGACGGCACCACUUGGACAACUCCCAAGGUCGUGCGAGAUCAUUGUUGAAAACGACAUUGUGGACAAGUGUAAACCGGGGGACCGUGUUCGUGUGGUCGGUAUUUACCGCCCACUCGGUGGAAAUAGCACAGCUGCAUCGACAGCAGUUUUUAGGACGGUACUUAUUGCUAACAACGUUCAGCUCAUGGGUAAGGAAGUGAAUGGCAUUGUUAUGUCGCGUGACGACCUGGUGAAUGUCCCGCCGUCUAUCUAUGGUCAUGGCGAGAUCAAGCAGACGCUGCUGCUUCAGCUACUAGGUGGUGUUGAGAAAAACCUGGAGAACGGGACGCAUCUUCGUGGUGACGUUAAUAUUUUGAUGGUGGGUGAUCCAUCGACAGCCAAGUCUCAGCUCCUACGUUUCGUCCGAACGAUCGCGCCUCUUGCCGUCAAUACCACAGGUCGUGGUUCGUCUGGUGUUGGUUUGACCGCUGCUGUGACGAUUGACCCUGACACCAAAGAGCGCCGACUGGAAGCCGGCGCUAUGGUGCUCGCUGACCGCGGUAUCGUAUGCAUUGACGAGUUCGACAAGAUGAGCGAAGCAGAUCGUGUGGCUAUUCAUGAAGUCAUGGAGCAGCAGACAGUGACAAUUGCAAAGGCUGGCAUUCAUGCCACUUUGAAUGCUCGAUGUAGCGUUCUCGCUGCGGCCAACCCCGUGUAUGGUCAAUACAACAAGAACAAAAAGCCACAGGAGAACAUUGGUCUACCGGAUUCGCUGUUGUCCCGUUUUGACUUGCUUUUCGUGGUGCUUGAUCGUCUGGACCGUGGUGCGGACCGCAACAUUUCAGACCAUGUCCUGCGCAUGCAUCGGUAUACUCGCCCGGGCCAGGAAGGCGUUCCUCUCUCGUUUGAAGUGAGCUCUACGGAUCACAUGGCUUUGUUCAGCGAAUCGACUGAUGAUCAAUCCGACCAGUCUAAAAGCAGCAUUUUUCAAAAGUUCGACCCGCUGCUUCACGGUGAAUACCAGUCGUCAUCGUAUGCUGGUAGUGGCAACGGUAUCCUCAAGCUAGACUUCCUCAAAAAGUACAUUUAUUACGCGAAGAUGCGUUACCAACCCGUGCUAACAGACAGUGCGAUCGAGCUAAUCUCGGAGGGAUAUGCAGAGCUUCGUUCUCAGCAGAACGCGCGGACACUGCCAGUGACUGCGCGUAGUUUGGAAACGCUGAUUCGUCUUGCGUCGGCACAUGCAAAAGCGCGCCUGAGCAAGACGAUUGAUGCUGUGGAUGCUGAGAAGGCUAUCUCUCUCAUUAGUUUUGCUCUGUACCACGAUGCGUCAGAGCCCCACACGGAUAACACGCGACCAGAGGUGACCCAAGAACCGGAAACUGGCAGCGAGAAGGCUAUGGCAGAGUUGGAGAUUGAAAGUCCUUUGACACCGGAGAAGCCCAUUUCGAUCGAGAAAUCCAGAAAACGUGAUCGAGCAUCAUGGAGCUCUGGUACGCUCGCUGAUGACAUUCUAAGCCUGUUGUCAGAGAUGGGCAGCGAUACCACUAUCGACGAUGCGAACGACAACAUCUCACUGAUGAGCAUUUUGUCGCGACUGAACCAUGGUCGCUCCAAGAACGACGCGAUUGCCCGUGCUGACGUUGAAAAAGUGCUGGUGGAUCUGGAGGAGCAGAAUAAGGUCAUGUACAUUCAGGAUGGUGAUGACCCGAUGGUUAUGCUCAUUUAG